AUGAAUCAGGACAAUUACUUGGAAGAAGCAUUCAAAAUGCGCAAUCUUUUGGAAGAAAUUAAUGAGGAUCAUAGAGUACGACCACCUACAAUUUUAGGAGUUCGUGAGCAUAUCUUUACAGGAAGUGUCUCUUCUUUGGCUUGGUUCAUGUCAAAUCAAGAAACAAGCUUUGUCACCAUUGGUCAAAGAGUUCUUGCAAGACCACUGAAGGUUCGUUUCCAUUAUGGUCAUCCAGAUGUGUUCGAUAGAAUCUUCCACAUAACCCGUGGAGGCAUCAGCAAGGGUUCUCGUGGCAUCAACUUGAGCGAGGACAUCUUUGCUGGUUUUAACUCAACCCUGAGACGAGGGAACAUUACUCAUCAUGGGUAUAUUCAAGUUGGGAAAGGUAGGGAUGUUGGGUUAAACCAAAUCUCACAUUUUGAAGCCAAAGUGGCUUGUGGUAACGGGGAACAGACACUCAGCAGAGACAUCUACAGAUUAGGCCAUCGCUUUGACUUUUUCCGCAUGUUGUCCUGCUACUUUACAACGGUUGGAUUUUAUUUCAGCUCAAUGGAGAACAUCAAACGAAUGCUUUUCUUCAAUAACCCCACAUAUUUUUGA